AUGGCGUCAAAAAAGAAAAUAGAUGUUAUACCAAAGUCAGUGUUGAGCGGUAAGAAAAGAGAUGUUAAAGAGGUACAGCAUUUGAUAUCGAGUUGGGGCUGUCAUGAACUCGAGGUACAGGAGAGUCCACUUGGUGGUCUCGGUUGUUUCGCAGGCAAAGACUAUGAAGCUCAGGAUUAUGUUGCCAGAGAUAUCAGUCCGGCAGCCGAUGUCAUGGAUAUGAAUCUCGGUAAUCGUGUGUGCUGUAAAUGUUACAGUGUCAUUCGUAAUCCACGUGGUCCUCGUGGCUGUGAGCGUUGCGGUAAACAAUCAUAUUGCGACAAGUUUUGUAGCACUGAAGAUUCCCAGCAUCUUUUGGAAUGCGAUCUGUUGGAUGCACUAGAGCGUAGAGUAAAAGCGAAACCAACGAGAUCAGUACUCCUCCUAGCCAGAUGUCUUCUCGCCAGACAAUCAAUCUUAAAGCGAAGUGAUGACAACGAUGAUGACGACGAUGAGGGUAAUAAUGCAAAUUUUAUAGAUUAUCUGAUCAAUCAUAAAGAUAAAUAUUCCAAAGAAGAUAAAGAGAGUAGAGUCGGACUAUCAACAAUGGCUGGAUCGUUUUUAACAAAGAAACCAAUCAAUCAAGUUUUACAAUCAGAGAUCGAUGUACUCUAUGAUGCACUUUGCUCAAUCAAUUGCAAUGCAUUCACAAUCAUUGAUUGUGUCAGUGGAGUAUUAUUGGGAACAGGUUUAUAUCCAGGUCUUACCUUUAUUAAUCAUUCAUGUGAUCCAAAUUUACAGGUUACACAAAUUGGUAAAAUCUUAACAUUGAAAGCAGUGAGACCAAUCAAGAAGGGUGAAGAAUUCACUAUUUCCUAUAUUGACAGAACUGAAGGUGCCAUACAGAGAAACGAGGAGCUCAUGGAGACAUUCUUUUUCGAGUGCCAAUGCCACAAGUGUGCCAGUGUACGAAGUGAAAAGCGUAAUGAUUUCUACUUUGUAUGUAAAGACCCAAGUUGCAAAGGAAGAGUCGACUUUUAUGACCAGGAAAACUUAUCGGUCGAUGCUAAAUGCAUGGUUUGCUCAAAGGGAUUCGACGAUCAUGGUUACGCAUUGAACGGUAUUCGUAAAUCGAUUCACGACGAUCUCAUGAAGAUCAUUCAAGAGUGCUACAAAUCACAACGAUUGAACAUUGCUAAACUUUUACCGGUUACCGAUCGAUUGUUCCAAUAUAUUCAUUAUGGUGAUAGUGCUACCAAUCAGCUCAUCAAAGAUAUCCUUAUUUUCUACGAAGAGAAGAAACCUGCACCCAAAGCAACACCCGAGGAAACUGAAAUGAUCAAGAAACUCAUUUUGAGAGUUUAUCAAUUCUAUAAACACCACUUUGGUGAGAGUCACCCAGAUACCGCCAAAGCAAAAUCAAACUAUUUAAUAUCUAUUGGUAAACUGGAUGAAGCUAAGCCGUUACAAGAGUCAUAUGUUUUGAUAUUAAAUAGUUCAACAUUGAUUUGA